AGCUUUUGCUUUGAGCUAGAAAAGCAAACCCAAUGGACUCCACUGGUGUACAUGAAGACGUCGUAACAAGUCAGCCAAAAAAGGAAAAAGAGCCUAAGAAAAAGUUUGUGAGUGUUGAAGGAGAGAGGGAUUGGAGUACUGGACCUUACGCUUGCUUUCCAGACUUUCCCUCAUGUUGCAGGGGCUUCUGCUGCAUUCCCUGCAUGAUGUCCGAGAUUUCACGAAGACUUGGAGAGUGGAUGUGCUUCCCGUUCUUUAUGCCUGGAGGUGGUAAUGUCCUCAGAACGAGAGUCAGAACCAUGGGGGGAAUAAAGGGAACAGCCUGUGAUGACUGCAUCAUGAUGUGUUUCUGUGGCGCAUGCGCCGUAUGGCAAAUGCAGAGAGAGCUGGACGAAAUGGGAAUCCCUAAAGCUGAGAGUUGUAUGUAAAUCUGUAUUCAAGCAAUACAUGCGUACAUGUACAUAAAAAACAAUGUUUUUUUCCUUGUUAUUUUUUCACUCACAGCCUAACAUUUGAGAUUCUGACACUGUGUUUUAUUAUAUUUAGUUAUUAUUAUAGUUGUAAUUUUAGACGGUAAAUAAAUAUUUCUACAUAUGA